UCAAAAUUCUUAGGAGCUCAUGAGCUAAGCGAGGCUGACGGACUGACCGUUUACGACUUGUUAUUCAGAAACGGUAACAGCUCGGAGCAAUAUUAUGGUAAAAAAGACUUUAAAUUCGCUUUCCUUUUCUAUACUAUCUUAGCUGUAUCUCUGUUAGAUGAGAGAAACGUACACAUUUCUUUUGCACGCUUUGUUGACGCCAGUUUAAUGUAUUUAAUGUCAAUGCUGUCACCAAUAGCACAGAUAGUCGACGAUCAUUGAGUUUAUUUAGUCUAUCGUUCGCAAUAAUUGACUACUCACUAGUCACUAUUCAGUACUCACUACCUUUAUUAUUUAUACUCUUUGGCUUUGCUCAGGCGCACAGAACACUAUUAACUCUAACAAGCUCAGACGUCAACACCUGUUUCGGUGUACGGCCGUGUCGGGCUUAGAGCGAAAAGUUUAUUUUUAAAAGUUGUUUGUUCAGUGUCAGUUUUGGCGCCCUUUUCUGUUUUAUUAAACAAUUAUAUUUAAUCAAAAUUUCACAACGAUUCAACAUUUUAAGUGCCUCACAAUUUAUGUUGAUCAUUAUAUUAUUUCAUAAACAGUUUGAACUCAAUUUCGCUAGUAGAUUGUAGAACCGUCAUAAGUAAACAAUAAAUGCAAGCUUCCGACUUGAGACUUAUGUUGUGUUUGCAAUACCUAAGCUGAAAGCUCGCAAAAAAAUGCAGAAGAUAAGCAGGUCCUCGUUUUGAACGCUGAAAUGUAGUGAAGUGCAAAAUAAAUAUGGAUAUUGCAAAAUUAUUUACAUAAAUGAGUGAAAAUCCAAGUGAAAAUAUGCUUUGUUUUGUACAAGGUUUUGGAGAUCAAGAUAACGGGCUUAGUAAAAUUCGAAGUUCUGAUGCCGAAAAAUUACAAUUCAAUUCGAACCUAAAGAGAAACGAACGAGUCCAACGUUUCUGUUCAGUAAAUGAGAACAAUAUCGAAGCGGUUGGUCAAAGAGGCGCCGAGUUUGGAAGACCAAUACUCAAUACGGGCAGGUCUUUCAGACAGUCCUCACGGGAUAGAUUUCUCAAAAACUUUCCUGACGUGAAAAGAACUUUUAGUGAUCGAUUUUCAGCCUUCACAGAAGCUGGGAAGAAACCUCCAAAGGGUUUUUUAGAUAUUCGGAAAACAUGGUCGACCGGGAAUUUCCCCACGGGUGCGGGUGGCGGGGCCGGGGCGGCCCGUUCUGCCCCCGCCACCCCGCUGCAGAUUGAGCCCCACGCGAGGAGCUCCAAGCAUGACAAGCAAGCUGUGAAGCCUUUUUCGGGGUCGGCGCCGUCGGUGCAGGUCGCUGGUCUCCCCGACUCAGGGGACGCCACGGAGUGCAAACAUCCCAGCAAGUCGAGACAGAAGAAGUUCCAGAGACACUUUCCGCAGGUCGGCCCGGAGGAACGAGUACUCAAUUAUUACUCUUGCGCCCUGGUUGGCGAUCUACUUCUGCAGGGUCAUUUGUAUAUUACGAAAAAUUACUUCGCGUUUUAUUCCAAUGUUUUCGGGUAUGUUACUAAGUUGCUGAUACCAACGUCGUCCGUAGUCCGCAUCACAAAGGAGAAGGUGGCUCGCAUCAUCCCCAAUGCAGUGGGCGUGUGCACCAAAGACGAGCGCCAUGUUUUCGGCUCGCUGCUGUCCCGGGACUCCACCUACAAGCUUAUGACACUCGUGUGGAAGGCUGCCAGGGUGUCUGAGCUGGCUGUGCCUAAACCACAGGAUAUUCCCGUGUCGGAGGUGGAAGUAUCAGAGUACUCUCCAGAAGACGACAGCAGUUCCGGAGGAGCCGACCACGUGGAUUCUGUCAAACCUGUACGAGUCGAGCCAGAAGCAAUCAUAUCAACAUCAAACGCGACAGUGAUCCAGCCCGCGUUGUUAACUGGCAGCGUGGCUCAGAGGCGGCACGAGACCCCUCGCUGGCACUGGCUGAUCGCAUGUCUGGUCCUGAUGCUGGCCACCUCGGCGCUCUACCUCACGUACCAGCUGAGCUGCCUCAACGAUAUCCACGAUGUACCAUCGCUAUCUUCGUUGUCGGGAGAGGACGUGGUUCGGUGGCGUGCGCGACUUCACGGUCGAGCCGCCGCUGAGCUUCAUGCCUUCCUGUCUACCAACCUGAUGCUGCUAGCCAAGGUUCGACAAUCACUAGAAGCCCUCUCGGGCGUCAUAUUGACGGACAUGGCUGACGGCGACGGUGGCGCCACCGUACCUAACGAUACCAAACUCAGCUAACGACGCUUGUAAUGCUGUGAGACUCAGUGAAAUCCAGUGUUACUCGUGAUAUUGUAAUCAGUCAAACUUUCGACAGGUUAUCUAUUGUUUAGCGAAAUUGUAUGAUUGUGAACGAGUGAUAUGUGUGAAAAUAGUUUCAUUGUAAGUUAUGUUUAAUUUUAAUUAGCUUUUGUAUGCAGUUACUGUGAUCCAUGAUUUUUUUUGUAUCGUGCUAGCUACUAGUAAGGAAUAUGUUUCCAAGAAACAAAAUAGAAGUAGUUUUUAGUUCUUUGUCUUAUUAAUAAUGUCCGCGCUUAUUAGAAACCUUUUUAAGUUUUUUUUUGUAAGUGUUAACUCAUAUUCAAUAUAAAAAGACUAUAAUCAUAAUAUGCUUCGGUUUAUAUUCAUCUAUGACAUAAGAAUUAUUUUUUUACUAGCAUAUUGCCAAAGAUUGUAUUACAUUUAUUGCUAAAGGUUGUGGCUCGCAAUCAUAAGAACGGAGAGUGGUAUUGCCGAUAUCACGCGCUCUCUCACACUUAUGAGACGUCGAUGUAAAAUAUUUGCAUGCGGUUUUUUUUUUAAUUAACGCGGGUACGAUACUGAAAUCACAAUAGAGUUAACCAGUGUAUACAUUAGACAGUCAUUAACAUCAAGUAAUAAUCAAAUGAUAUUAUAACCUCUUAUUAGAUUCAUAAUUGAUUUAUAAAGUUGACACAAUACAGUGAUUUUAUUAACUCAGUUAUAAAAGCAGAUUAUCCAAAAAGGAAUCAACCUUCACCCAUCCGUUUAACAAAUUAAAAGUGUUUUAUAUCAAACUAGCUGAUCCACAAGACGCUGUUCUGUCAAAAAAAAAAAAAAAAUGUAUUUACUAUGUCAUCCAUAUGUCAUCGCGGACUUUUCUGGAGACCUAUUUAUGAUACACAAUUCCAUCAUACAGUAUUUUAUUAUAUCUCAAAGGGCUUAGACAGUGUUUUUGUUGAAAGCUCCCCGAUGGUUUACUUUUUCCGACAACACCAACAAACAAAUACCGUUCAUAUAUAUACAAAAACUUUCCUCAAGAAGCACGCUAUCUAUAGGUGAAAACAGUAUGACUAUCGGUGCUGUAAUGUUUGAGUUUUACGCGAACAGACAGACACGGCGGUGGACUUUGUUUAAUUAUGUGUACUGAUUUACUAUGUUCAAAAAUAUUUCACAAGUGUCUGUGUCUAGAGCCUCCAGAAAAUUCUGUCAAGACUAAUUAUUGAUACUAAGUAAUUAAAAAUGUUAUAAUAAUUAUUUUAUUCUUAACAAAUUACAUUCUAUAAUGUGUGAACCCUUCUAUUAUAACUUUUCAAUCUAUUUCUAAUCUAUUAUUGUGGGAUUAUAGUGACAUCAUAACAUAUAAUUUUUUCUCUACUUUUUCCUUCUAUAUUUUAUUUAAUUGUUGUUACAUAUUACUUUAUUUUAAAUAAUUUUCUAUUAUAUUAAAUAUUAGGCGAAACUUUUCUCACUUCAAGUGAUCAUCUGUCUCUUCGAUUGUUUCUUAUUUGAACAUUUAAAUUUUCCAUUUAUAUUAUGUAACAAUGAGAUUUUAUAUACAAAAAAGAUCUUGUUGCUAACUAAUGAACAUGCAUAUGUUAGUUUAACUAUUAGAUUAGCAGGUAGUAGGCAGUAGUCAGAUUGGGAAGCUUAAAUCUGUUUUGAAUUCCGCAUGCAUUUUUAACUAAUUAAAGCCUUGGCAUAAUCUUUUCAGAGUUACCACUUUCGAUAUACUUGUUAUUUUUUUUUUUAUAUAAAACACCUUUCACCUAAUAAAUGGGUGAUGGUUGCUUCCUAUAUAGAUAUAUUAUUGUGCAACAGAGUCCAAAAGCAUGUAUCAAAUGUAUAGCAGGAUACUUACUACUGUUUUCCACUUAUUGAUUAUUGAGAUACUUAUUACCUAAUCAAAGGGUAUUUUUCAAGUUCACUUCUAAAUAGGGAGUAAUAGUAAUAGCUUGAAAGGUUGACAAUUUUGUAACUCUUUGGUUAUGGCACAAGAACUAAGUGCUAACAAAAUUAUAAUAAUAGUUUAAAAAAUCUAAAAAAAUACGCUUUUAUAGAAAAUCCCACAAAAAAAUAGAAAAUAAAUCUUAAUAAAUUUGAAUUAAAAAUAGUCUAAAAAAACUGAUAUUAUUGUAAAAAAAAGUGUGGGGUGCAUGGUAUCAAUAGUUAUAAAUAUUUUAUGAACAGAUAUGAGUAGAAGGGUUAUUUUGAUAAUAUCCUGAAUUUUGAUUCUGAUUUCUAUGAAAGCGUAUUUUUUUAGUUUUUUAAGCUAUUAUUUUUUUUUGUUUUUCAUUUUUUUUUUGUCAUAUUGAAUUGUCAUCGGCCCCUUAAUAAGUAUGGAAAAGUUCGAGGGGGUCAUAAUCAUGUUGAAAGAUUCCCUUACAUACUAAACAUACGUAUGAACUUAUAAAAUAGAAAGGGCAAAAUGAAGAUGUACCCUGAUUAUAUGGUGUAAUUUUAAAUAUUGUUGUCAUAGUUAGGUAACAGUGUAACAAAACACAGGUCUAGCCAUGUUUAAAUUAUUGUUUUUGUAAUUCAGUUAAUUUUUGUAAACAGUAUAUGUCUAUCUAUAAUCAUAAUAUGUUUUAGAUUCAAUACUGGAUAAGGUUUGGGAAAACCAAAUUUUUUAAACAAAUAAUAACUUAAAUUUCAAUGAUCAAGUAACUAAAACACUUCUUAAUCAUUGUACUAAUAGAGACAAUCAAUUUAACAAAACUAUUAAAACAUUAUGGGCUCUGGUGUUAGCAUGUAAUUGUGAAUACAUUUCAAAAUGGUAUAUUUCAGUAUGUGUUCUAAAUAACAUGGAAUAAAAAAAUGGUAACAAUUCUAGUCAAUAGUGAAUACAAUUUAAAACUGUUGUAGAGUUAGCAAAAAAACCAAAAGAUUUCGCCUGCAAUUCUGCUAUUCAUUUGACCAAAUGUCUCAUUAAUUUAAUACUGAUUUUGUUGCACACAUUACAGCCGCGACGCCAUUUUGGAUUCCUUUCUCUUUUGUCUCUGCUUUUGCUUUAUUUCCAUAAAUUACCUAAACAGUAUAUACUUAAUGCCUUUUUAAAAUAAUCAUUCAAUCUAAUUCAGUCUGGUAACUGUAGAUAGUUUGAAUCUAAAAUAAAUAAUUAUUAACGACCAAAUUAGUCAGGUAAUAGCAAAAUUAUAUUCAUUUUAAAUUUUAAUGAACUAGAAUUAAAAAUUAAAUUAACAACUUACUCAUGGCAUACGAUUGUUUAACAUAAAAUGUUAUUAUUACUACAAUACUGAUAUCAAUGUAUAGUUAAAUGUAGAGUAACCUAAUAAAUUAAUUGUUAUUUAUUCAAGUAUAGAUAUUUGUUAUUUAAUCGUAAGAAGAUUGUGUAAAAGCUUAUAAUAGAUAAUCAAACUAGGAAAACAUUCUCAAACAAAGUAUAUAUAUAUAUAUA